AUGGGCGACUCGAAAAGUGCAACCGUCGUCGCUGCCGAGGUCUCAGUGGUCGAGGUGUGGUGGGAGCCAAGCGAAGAUGAAGAUCCGCAAAAUCCUCAGAAUUGGCCGGAUUGGUCCAAGUGGCUCAAUAUUAUCACAAUCUCAUCCAUCAGUUUCAUAAUGCCAUUCAUAUCAUCCAUGGUCGCUCCAGCUGUUCCUUUGAUCAUGACAGACUUGAACACAAAAUCCGACACCUUUGCUACGUUCAUCGUCUCCAUAUUUGUCCUGGGAUUCGCUAGCGGCCCGCUCAUCCUGGCGCCGUUGAGCGAGCUCUAUGGUCGCGUUCGCAUUUACAAUGUCACCAAUAUCCUACUCACCACCUUUACGGCCGGCUGCGGCUUUGCCCAAACGACUGGCCAGCUGCUCGCCAUGCGGUUCCUGUCUGGGUUUUUUGGCGUGGCAACCGUCGCCAUCGGGUCUGGAAGCAUAGCGGACCUUAUGCCGAAGCACAAGCGCGGCAAGGCCGCGUCAGUAUGGUCGGCCGCGACGGUUCUGGGACCGACCAUCGGACCGAUAAUUGGAGGAAAGGUCACCGAGGCUGCGGGCUGGCGGUGGCUAUUCUGGUCCAUUUCCAUGGUUGCUGGCGUAAUGACAAUUGCCUCCUUCAUCAUCCUUCGCGAGACUUACCCAGCUGUCCUCCUCGCGCGAAAAGCGGCACGUCUCCGGAGGCAAACCAACAACCCAAACUACCGUUCUCGCCUUGCAUCAGCCGUCUCUCCCGCUCAUCUUUUUGUCAAAAGCAUUGUCCGACCCACGCGCCUACUCCUUUUUUGUCCCAUGGUCACCAUCCUCUGCACCUACGUCGCCAUCGUCUACGGCACGUUGUAUCUACUCUGGUCGACGUACUCGUUCAUCUUUGGCGAGGUUUAUGGCUUCUCCCCUCUAGCCACAGGCCUGGUCUUCCUGCCCGGUGGAAUCGCCACGCUCCUGGGCCCGCCGUACGUGGCCUACUUUAGCGACCGCACCAUCAAGCGGCGGACCAAGGCCGGGUACGAGGUGACGCCCGAGGACAGGCUGCCGCCCGUCAUCUCCCUGCCCGGCACGGUGCUCUUCCCCGCGGGGCUGCUCAUCUACGGCUGGGCAGUGGAAUACGGCGUGCACUGGGCGGUGCCGAUGCUCGGGACGGCCGUGUCGGGCUUCGCGAGCAUCCCCAUCUUCAUCGGCGUCCAGACGUACCUCAUCGACGCGUUCGAGGAGUACGCCGCCAGCGCGGUGGCGGCCAAUGCCGUGCUGCGGGGCUUGGUGGGUGCGCUGCUGCCGCUGAGCGGGCUGGCGCUGUAUCGGUCGCUGGGCUGGGGGUGGGGGAACACCCUGCUUGCCUUUUUGGCCGUCUUGUUCGGGCCGGUUCCCGUCUUGUUUGGGGGCAAGUACGGCGCCAUGAUUCGAGAGUGGUCCAGAAGGGAUAUGGAACUUUGA